UUCACCCUUGGGAAGUCUUCCAAUGGUUUGCAGACACUUAAUUCUAUACAGAAAGUAAUACCUGCAGAUGCUGAUAGAAGUCCGAUUGGUAAUCUUGGGCCAAGUUCAGCUGCUAGCUCUGCUGCAAUUGAAGAUUUUUCUUCUCCACAGACGUUGCCACUGAAUGUUGGUCAAAACCAAUUGUUGAAACCCAAGAAGCGGAAACGUGUUACAUCUGAACUUAUUCCUUGGUACAAAGAAGUUUUACUGGAUUCACAGAGCAAUCAGACAAUCAGCUUGGCAGAAACAGAGUGGGCCAAAUCAACUAAUAGGCUUGUUGAAAAGGUUGAAGAAGACAUUGACUUCACUGAACAUGGGCCUCUGAGGCGUAAAGUUAAAAGAAGGCUUAUUUUGACGACUCAGCUUAUGCAGCAAUUAUUUCGCGCUCCAUCAGCUGCAUUUCUUUUUUCAGAUGCUAACUCAGAGUAUGAGAGUGUGGCUUACUCCAUUUCUAGAUUGGCAUUGGGGGAUGCAUGCAGCAUUGUCUCUUGCUCAAAUGGGGAUAUAAAUGCACCUCAUUUUUGCAAAGCACCGCUUCAUGACAAGGCCAGAACACCGGAGAGAAAUGAUAACCAUACGUUUGCCAAAGCUGUGGAAGAGUUCACGGCAAGAGCAAGGAUACUGGAAGCUGACUUUUCGAGACUGGACAAGAGAGCAUCAAUAUUAGACGUGAUAGUGGAAGGCCAGGAUAUUGAGAAGUUCUCUGUCAUCUAUCGGUUUGCGAAGUUCCAUGGUCGGGUGCAAUCUGAUGGUGUUGAGACCUCAUCUUCAUCAGAUGCACGUAGCCAUAAACCUUUGGCACAGAGAUAUGUCACUGCACUUCCAAUGCCAAAAAAUCUUCCUAGUAUGGUACAGUGUCUUUCACUAUGAUUAUAAAUGAAUUGAUUUUCCCCAUGUUCUGGUGGUAAAUCUACUAGCUCUACUUCUCUAAGAAGUUUUGGUGCUAAAUAUGCACUGGCACUAGCAACAACAGAAAUUGAUGGGCACUGAAUUGUCACCUCAAAUGUAAUGCAGGCUGUCCAAUCUUUUACAUGUUGGCCACUAAUGUCUUCUCAAGAAAUGUUAUUCAUUUUGUGUACAUCUCUUCAAAUUUGUAGGGCGGGAGAGAAAGGACCUGGGGCUUCAUUUUUUGCCAUCAGUAGAGAAAAUACAUCUCCCGUGUAUUAGGAGACGUCUGUAUAUAGUUAGCCAUCAGUGUUAUAUGUGUUAUACUUUCUCUCACGGAAUUGUGAAGGUAAUCAUAAUUGCUUAUUGUUACAAACAAAUUUAUCAACAAAAAAAAUUGCACUAGUCA